GGCGCCAAUUUUGCCUGUCCGAGAAUGGCUUCAAAAAGAACUCUGCCCAAGGAAAAUGCUCAUUCUCUUCCAGCUUCCAGAUUACCAGUGCCUGCAAGAAACCACAAAACUCUAACUGCGGUUCAGAGUUCUCAACCAGGUAAGAUCAAAAUUGUUGCGAAUGAAGAAGAGGUCCCACAGACGGAGUUGGAAAAACUGGACUCCUUGCGAACUCAACUGGAACAAUCAGUGGAUGAAUUCAUCAGAGCCAGGAAAAAGCUGGAGGAAAUAAUUCCAGCAGAGGGCAGCGGUGAACAAGAACGUUUACCCAUUGGAUCCAAUGCUGACCUUAGGACAGAGCUGAAGAGACACAGAGAGCUGGCACCCAGAGUAGCUUCAUCUUUGAAAGGAAAGGAAAAUCCCAACAAUCGGAGUCAAGGUCCUGUGGAGAUGGGCAGCUCCUACAAGUUUCUCAAGUCCAUUAUGGGCUGAGGUCUUUGUUAGCGAGGCAUCUUGCCCGUUGACAGCAAAUGGAAUUGCUCUUCACUUCUUGCGCGUAUGAUCCCAUGGAGAUGAGGCAGGAGAUGAAUGUGGAAUCGGUGCUGUCAGUUGUGAGGCCGAGAUGUCUCGGGGAAGCCGUCACUCAUUUUGCGGUAGAAGUGUCUGAAACAGUGUGUGUGUGGGUGGGGGGGCUGAAUCCUCUGACAUGUUAGACCCCCCUGUCUGCCCUCCGGAGCCUCUGCCGCAGCUGACAAAUGUUGAUUCUACAUUAACCACAAUGCUGCAACGCUGUGCAAAUAAUGUUCUUGCAGAUGGCAACCCUCAUCCCCUUUAUGGCAAAACUAUGCAAUCAUCCCCACAAGUGCAGUUUAACACCUUUUCAAAGUAAAGG